AUGCCCCAGAGGGGCUACCCAUCUCAAGAGGGGCUCUGGGCCCUGCCUUCGCUGCCCAUGGCCCACGUGCUGGAGCCUGAGGUCGACAGGCUGCUGGACCUCAGCUUCCUGACAGACGAGGAGCAGGAGGCCAUCGCCGAUGUCCUGAAGCGAGAUGCCCACCUGCGCCAGAUGGAGGAGGGCCGGGUCAGCAAGCUCCGGGCCUCAUUGGCAGAUCCUGGGCAGUUGAAGAUCCUGACAGGUGACUGGUUCCAGGAAGCACGGUCCCAACGGCACCACCAUGCCCACUUUGGCUCUGACCUCGUCCGUGCCUCCAUCCGCUGGAAGAAGAGCUCCAGGGGUGACCAGGCUCUGGGCAGCGAUGGGGAAGCUGAGAUUUCUGAGAAAGAGAAGGGAGAGGAGCUGGAGCCCAGGCUCCCUGUAGAUGAGGUCCCCCAAGAGAGGCUCAACGAGACUGAAGGGCCUGAUUUCCCCUCACCAUCUGCACCCCAAAAAGCUUCUGAUUAUGAGGUGGCGCCUCAGGCCCAGGAAGCCCCGCAUCUAGGGGGCGCGCAGGUCCACGCAGAGGAGGCGGAUCCCGAGCCGGAGAGGGCUUGUGGGCCAGAGGAGCCGCGGUACACGCCAGCCCAGGCCAAGGCGUCAUCCGAGACCUUGCAGAACGGGGAGGAGGUCCCGGGGCCUGGGCCCUCACUGGACCGCAUGCUCAGCAGCAGCUCCUCGGUGUCCAGCCUCAACUCCUCCACGCUGAGCGGCAGCCAGAUGAGCCUGACCGGGGAGGCAGAGGCGGGAGCCGUGCAGGUGCGCGGCUCCAUGCACUUCUCGCUGCGCUACGAGCCGGGCGCCGCCGAGCUGCGCGUGCACGUGAUCCAGUGCCAGGGCCUGGCUGCAGCCCGGCGCCGCCGCUCCGACCCCUACGUCAAAAGCUACCUCCUCCCGGAUAAGCAGAGCAAGCGCAAAACGGCGGUGAAGAAACGGAAUCUCAAUCCAGUCUUCAACGAGACUCUCCGGUACUCCAUCCCGCAGGCCGAGCUCCGGGGCCGCGUGCUGAGCCUGUCUGUGUGGCACCGCGAAAGCCUGGGUCGCAACAUCUUUCUGGGCGAAGUCGAAGUGCCCCUGGACACGUGGGACUGGGAUUCUGAGCCCACCUGGCUCCCCCUGCAGCCCCGGGUCUCGCCCUCCCCAGACGAGCUUCCCAGCCGCGGUCUACUUUCUCUGUCCCUCAAGUACGUCCCUGCCGGCUCCGAGGGCGCAGGACUGCCCCCGAGCGGAGAGCUGCACUUCUGGGUGAAGGAUGCCCAGGACCUCGUGCCACUUCGCUCAGGAUCCCUGGAUACUUACGUACAGUGCUCAGUGCUGCCUGAUGACAGCCGGGCCAGCCGCCAGCGGACAAGGGUGGUGCGCCGCAGCCUCAGCCCCGUGUUCAACCACACCAUGGUUUAUGAUGGCUUUGGGCCCGCUGACCUGCGCCAGGCCUGUGCUGAGCUCUCCCUCUGGGAUCAUGGGGCCCUGGCCAGCCGCCAACUGGGGGGCACACGCCUGAGCCUGGGCACCGGCAGCAGUUACGGGCUCCAGGUGCCCUGGAUGGAUUCUACUCCUGAAGAGAAGCAGCUGUGGCAGACACUUCUGGAGCGGCCAUGUGAGUGGGUAGAUGGCCUUCUGCCCCUCAGGACAAACCUGGCUCCCAGGGCAUAG